AUGGCAAAGUCUAUAAAAACCAUGGAUAUCCGCUUUUGUCACCCAGCAGACAAGAAAAGAAAAUGGCAUAAGGAUGGGAAACCACUGAGAAGUCUGACAUAUGCGCCCUGGUUCGAGUACGAAUUCAUGGACCACCAGAUCGUCUGCCUACCAUUCUGUCGAUUACACAAUGUCUCAUCCAAGAAACUGCGUUACUCGAAAAAAUGGGGCCUAGAUUGGACGAUUCCCGCACGCGCAGGGGUAUGUUUCAGACGCGAUGGUGGCUGGACCAUCGAUGAAUUUGACGAUAUCGACCUCUUCUUUUCGAAACUCAACGAUUGCUUCGUUGAUCGAGUUGAGAAGGGAUUGCCCGGGGAAGUAGCCCGUGCACUGCGGCAUCAACUGGAGCAAUGGACAAAAGCGGGCAUGCAGAAAGACGCUUUCAAAUUUGACAUAUUAUGCUCCCGAAAAUGGUACAGAGACCGGCACAGUGUCUCCUCGCCCUUCAUGACUUUCAGUCCCGACGAUGAUGAGUUUACUACAUCAGGUAAGAAUUCUCCUCAUGACUUGGGCAUUGCUGGCGAUGAUACAGGUAACCCUCCGGCACCUUUGAAAGAAGCUGCUGAGAUGCCCUUAUCCGAACACGAUGCUGCCAAGAAGGCUCUGCAUCGUGCAGACCUUGCUAACCAACCCUGCACUUUGACUCUUGCGCAGACGCGUGCAGUUUUAGACUGCCUCCGCCGAGAGUCACAGGCAUCAGCAUCUGGUUCGUUGACAAGCACUAAGGACAGCACAGCUCGACUGGAAUUUCUUGUACUCCUUGGGGAUUAUGCGGGCCGACUGUGGAAGUGCCUUCGGAAAGCAUCGGUCGCUCUCAAGGACGAACUACCGGAUCGUGUAGGCGCAUUCUAUGAAAGGCUGAUCGUCGAAGGCAAGUAUGGGCGAGGCGCUUAUGCCGACACCCUCCUUGCCUGUGUCAAUUACUUACGAGAGUCUGGAAUGGAUGUGGACGAAGAGACGGCCCGUCUGGCAAUACAAAUCUACACGGAACGACACGAGGCCUGUCAUACAGCUGGGAACCCCAAUAUCGCCGGCGACUUGCAAGAACUGGGAAGUCUGAAAAGGAGGGUCUACAUGCCUUUGAUGGCAUCCUCGAAGACAUAG